AUGUUAACAACCGAUGCAAAACCUGAUCCACCGCGCAUAAGGAUCGAAGGAUAUACGCACAAUCUAAAUUCUAAUACAGAGAACGAGAAAGUAGAAACAAAAUCAAAAUUAGCUCCUAUUACUCCAGAAGUAGAAUUCGAGGAAAACGAUGUAACAUCGGAACGAACGAAAUCUGUAUUAAACGAUGCGAUACCAACAAAUGCUAAUCCUUCCUCCACUAAACAAAACUUCGACGAUACAAAUUAUUCUGCGACUGAUGAGAAACAACAUAAAGGACCAAAUGUUAAAACAAAAAAGAAGUCGAAACAGUACAGAUAUUCACAAGGAGCACACGUUGUGAACUAUAAUAUAAUUAAUUCGAAUGGAGUGAAAAUUGGUCCGAAGACCAGUUAUAUUUGCAAUAUUAAUCAAUUUUCUUCGAAAGACGCGGAAACAUCGGAAGAAAGAGGGUCGAAAGUAGAAGUUCGUCAGAUGCCGGCGAAUAUCAAAGAUUUGUGUGCUUCUACAGCGGAAAUUAAUUUAGAGGAUAUAUUUAUCAUUAAAACUUACAUGGGACGGGGUUGGAGGGACGUUGCUAGAAAGUUAUUAUAUUCGGAUGGACAAAUUGAUCAAUUCGAAGAGAAUUACAGAUUCAGAGGGAUAGGCGAAGUAGUAUAUCAAAUACUCCUUGAUUGGAAACAAGCAAACACGAAGGAUGCAGAAAUUGGUAAGUUAGUAAAGGUAUUAUGGACUUGUCGCGAAUACGAUUGCGCGGAACAGCUAGUUUCCACCCGAAAAAAUUUGGAGUAA